UUUUGUUUUUUGUUGAAAGUAAGUCAAGACACUUUAUAUAUUGUGAUGCCCUUUGCUUCGUUUUUGUUGUUUUUCAGUGCCCGCGUAUACAUCAGAAAUAGUGAGUGGAUUCGGGAUUGAAUUUCCAGUUCCAGAUUAAUUAACAACGAGGAAGACCAGAUUCCAGGAGAUCAUUUAAUCUCAGACUCUGAAUUGUUAGUUUCUCCAUUUGAGUGCCAGCUAAAAAGAGCCAGGUUUCAUUGUCAUGGAUAAUAGCAAGACCUCAUCUUCUUCAGUAAAUGGUCCUCAAGAACCUUCUAAUCAUGAUGAACUUUUCAUGCAGCAGAGCUUGCUCUUUUCUGAUACUCUCAAGGACUUGAAGAACCUUAGGAAGCAGCUAUACUCAGCAGCCGAUUAUUUUGAAUUAGCUUACUACAAAGAGGACCAAAAACAAAUAGUGGUUGAGACCUUGAAAGAUUAUGCCAUCAAAGCUUUGGUCAGUACUGUUGACCACUUGGGUUCUGUCGCAUACAAAGUUAACAAAUUUUUAGAUCAAGAGAUUGGUGAGGUUUCAGAAAUGGAGCUUCGUUUCUUUUGCACCGAACAGAGACUGGAAGCAUGCCAAGAAUAUAUCAACCAAGGUGGCCUUUCACAACAGUCAUUGGCAAUAAAAACUCCGACGCAUCACAAGCGGUACAUUUUUCCAGUUGAUGAGGAGAACAUGGAUGCACAUAGCCAUACUAAUUCAAAUUAUCACAGUAGAAGCUUUAGUACUGAACACAACUUGCUUGAUUUAAAAAAUGCUGUUCAAGCAACAAUCAAAGGAGCUCCUUCUUCCUUGAGGGAAAGGCAUUCUAAAUCACAGUCUCCACAAUUCUACUCAAGACAAGGAGCAUUUACGAUCACAAGGACUUCAACCAGCAACAAACCUGAAAGAAGAUCAUCCUCUCCGCAACACUUUCCGCUCAUACGUUCUGGAUCUCUUCUCAAGAGACCAGUAUCUUCAAAUAAUACUAAUGCACGACGAAGGUAUCCAUCUGAGCCUCGGAGAUCAGUUUCGUUGUCCAUGUAUUCGGAAAGAGACAAGACACAAGAUAGUGAUCAACAAUAUUCUGGCAAGAGCAAAGGCCUGUUUAAGGCCUUGCUCCGCAUGCGCAAGUCUAGAAAGGAAGUCUCCCUGUAUAAAUAUUUGGAUGAGAUUUGAAACAGAAAAACAAAUGGAGAUCAUGCAUGAUAGGAAACAACAGACAGACUAUCUGUAGUUUCUGGUUCAUAAUUUGUACCCUCUGUGUGUGUGUGUUUUAAGAUCCAGUUUCUUCAGGUAGGAGAUUUCAAUAUAUCCCCUCUUAUUCAUAAUUUAGAUGCUAUUAUCUGAUUAAUAAUCAUCACCAACAGAAUGAGUA